AUGCCACCUAAGUCGAAGGGUGGCCAUCUUCCGCGCACCACCCUUGCCACCGUGGAAUCCUUAACCAUGCCUCUUGAGCAGGAACUUGUUUUCUUAGCAGAUUUUCGGUGUUCAGGGUGCCAGCAGAGAGUUACUGAGAUUGUGUCAAAAAUGAAUGAAGAGAUCCAAUCCGUGGUGGUUAGUGUAUUGGAGAAGAAGUUAACACUGAUAUGUACAUAUCCAGCUACUGCUGAUAAAUUUUCUGUACAAAAUGCUACUGCUUCGACGUACACGGGUUCAUCAAGCAAAGCCUCCCUCAUCGCUCGGCGCCUUUUUCGCUCUUUCUAUAGUCGAAAGAGAGCGCUAACUUAA